GAUUGAUGAAGUUUUCUGUUCGUUGAAGUUGUAAAUAGUAUAAUGGCAUUUAUAUGUAGAUAUUUGUUUUUAUCUUAUCAAGCGAUCAAGCUAAAUGACGUAUCAAAAGCUGUUUUUAUCUCCAAUAGUCCACCUUAGUGGCAUAAGAGUUAAGAUAAGAAGAAGAACAAUCUUUCUAAAAGUACGGUCUUCAAGUAAGUUUUCAGCGUGUUACAAAAGUUAGCGCCACCGAUACAUUACGAGCACAGCGUUGUCAAAUUCCAGCAGAGUGGAAUCAUAUCGAACCCGGAAAAACGGGCAGAAUGUGAUAAUAAACAAUUGCUGAUUUGGAUAAAAAUUAUAUGCAGAAUAGUGGAUGGAAAAUUCUAUAUCAUCCGUAGUGUAGUCCAUAUUUGGCACUAUUAGACACUAUUUGUUUCGAUCGAUGAAGAUCGCUCUUAAGCCUCUUGUUACUGGUCUUCAAAAUAAAAAAAGAAAUUGUUUUUUGGUUUAGCAUUAAACACAUUCUAGAGAUGUAGGAAAAAGAUAAUGGUCUUUCGAAAAAAAACUAUGUAGUAAUUAUUCACAACAAACGCUUGGAUUUUUACACCCCAUACUAUAUUGGAAUGGAAUUGGAGUCUUAGUUAAUCAUUAUGCUUUUCUCAAUCCCAAAGAAAAUUUGAUCUUAUCAAUAAUCUAAUUACAGUACAACAUCCUCCAUAACAUCAGUACAAAAUUAUAGUUUUCUUUAUGCCAUUGCAAACAGCAUCCCAAAAGAUCGUUAUAUUACAUUACCAAUGCGGAGUGUUAUCACCUUUUUAAAUAUGCUUUGUUCUACGUUACACUUUCAAUGAUUCAAUUAUCAUUCCCCUGGCCCAGAGACAUAUAAAUAGGCUAUACAUGUACGCUUAUAAAAUGUGGACCAACGGCACUUAACCAUUACGCAUGUUUUAAAAAUUGCAUCGAAUUAAUUUAUAAGUAAAACAUUAAUACCAUAUUGUGUCCACUUAGAGGACACUGAUAUCUGAACUAUUGUACUAUUGUUUUAGUACAGUUUUCAAGCUGUUCUUAACUUGUGUAGGAUGCGACAAAUAUAACGCAGAUAAAUAACUGAUGUUCAAUGCUUAACACCGACAAGUUCGCCAUUAGAUCACACAAACGGCAACGCGUCUUAUCAAUGUUUGCCCGGGAAGAAAGCCUAGAGUUACGAGUAACAGAAGUUACCGCCACAUUUCUUUGUAAAUUAUCGCACCCCUCAAAUUUCAACCACACCCUUACGCUUAAACUGUACUGUUCAUCCGAAAAUGCGCAAUCUGCUCACGGAGGCGAUCGAUGAUGACGAUCAUGUGUUUAAAGUCGGGCGACCAAACCAAACCUUUUUCACCCCAGCACCACCCCACCGUUACGCGUUACUCUUCUUCGCACGUACGGCCUAGCGCUUUGUAAGGGAGAAUACGCAAAAGAAUAUACUUUAAUUACCACCAUCUGGUGGUGUCGGGAAAACGGUGCGCACCACAAACAAAAACAGUGGUGACAAACAUUCAACAACACCCCAGCGGCAGUAUUCGUUUGUACAGCCACCGUUACCGACACCAAAUAUCGGUUUCGGUAUUGCUUUGCCCUGCUGCUAGAGGCUGCACCAUGUCGACACUGUGCCCUACGUAUAAUCAAUUUGCACAAGAUAAGAAAUUAAUCAAAAUCGUAGAAUGACCUCGCUUGAUGGUUCGUAGUUGGAGACGGUAGUCACAUGGUUGGUUGAAAAUGUUCAAAUUGAACAUGCUUUAAUUGUGGCUCUUCCGGUAGUGGCAACUCGGGACGAGGCGGACUUUUUGGGUUAUCUUUAUGCAAAUAAGAUGGCCCAGGUUGAAUUGCUGCUUUCACGGUUCAGAAAUAGAAUAUUCCUUUUUUGUUAUGAAACAUCCUAUAAUGUUAAUCGCAAUGAUCUUAUGUCCAAAAGCGCAGGUUCUAUUUCUGAUAUGCCUGGCCGAAAGUGAAGCAUACGCAUAGAAAUGGCUAAUCUAUAGUCAACUUUAAUCAAACAUUGGAUUGGCAACACGUCAUAUUCUGAGGUGUUCCCCGAUCGAAGUGCAUUCACAGUGAAUCAUUUUAUUGCGUUUCGGACUAAACAUAGCACAAGUGGUUAUCCUUUAUUGCUACUACCGUAUUGUUGUGAGGCAUCGUAAUUUUGUUUAGGGCAUUAAAGGUCAUUUGGAAUAUGUUCAUCGUUAUGAUCUAUUUCGGGAACUUGAAGCAGAUUAUUUUGGAUAACAAUUGUAGAAAUAUAUUCACCCACUUUAACACAAACCUUGCCGAUUUUGUAUUGAAUAAUAUAAGGGAAAUUCAAUACUCUCUGAGCAAAUUAAAAACCAGAACUGUUAACCAAGUAAUAUCAUACCCUAAAUUUACAACCAAAAACUGAUCUUCACUAGACCCCCAUUAUCGAUAGCGAUUAACCUUGAUUGCGAAAUUUCGUAUGACUCGUCCAUUGAAGAGUACAGAGCUUUUACACCACAUAAAGCAAUGCAAGGGCCUGGCACAGCUUUCCUUAAAUGACUUAUAAUACAGGAGGCCUAGUUGAAUGAAAACACUUCGACGAGAAGAAAAUUACGCGCAACUAAAAAUGUGUCCACUCGAAAGGUUGGGAUGCCUAUGUGUGUAUAUAUAUAGAAGCCCUAUUAGUCAUCAGCUGCAAGAAUGAUUAUCGCAUGAUGGGCAGUGGGGCUGGGAAUGUAGGAAAGAUGGCACUUAGAUGCACUCGCGGAAUCAGAGCACUCGCGGAAGGUGUAAAUGGCACGGAGUAGACAAAUCGACAAACAUACACAUACAUUAGAGAGAAAGACACACACGUUCCGUCCACACACUGUGCUGUCGAAAGUGUUCGAACAGUAUCUCCCGGUAUCGCGGUACGCAGGCACGUAAUCAAAGAAUCGGCUUAUCAGUUUAGUUCCCUCCGUACGCACACGCCCAUACCCGCUACCUUGAUGUUCACCCAAUAUUCACGCUUCAUUUAAGCAACGCCAAACAUCUGCGGCGGAUCGGUAUCGAGAAUCAGUUCACUAGCGAAUGUACCGACGCGCAGAAGUGCGCCAGACAACCGCACGCGCGUCACUGCUCGACCAGGAAUGUAGCCACUGAGUUUUGGUGAAGAACUUCGCAAAAGAACACCAAACAGGAGACUCAACACGAGCAUACUAGUAGUGGCAAAUAGUUCGCAUACGCUUCCCGAAUCUGCGAGUACCUUGCGCAAUCAUGGUGCAACCAUUUACUAACAACAUUGAGGCCAACGGAGGCGGAGGAGGUGGUGGCCGACCUACAAAUGUUCCGCUGCCGACGGCUCCACCAAUGGAUUCACCGGCCAACGACGACCAGUACGUGGACUUCCUGGUGUUGGGCAAUAAGGAAAACUAUCUCGUGCGUGCAGAACGGAAACCGAUCCUUGACUCCAACACCGGAUUGGCACAGAUGCUGUCCAGUGGCGGUGGUGGUGACAGCAAGUGUGUGGUGCGCGAUGUUAAUCGGGACAAUUUCGAGACAUUUGUACGUUACCUCGAAACGAAGUUUAUCAAAUUCAACACGCCAACACAUGCACUGGAGAUGCUUGAACUAGCGACACGUUUCCAGUGCCGCCAGCUGGAGAUAUAUUGCGUGAAGGAGCUCGAUCUCAAUCUGCACGUCGACCACGUGCUGGAAGUCUACCGUGCGCUUUGGUUUUACAACUCCAUUGCUCCACCAAAAGUCCCUCCAAAGGAGGCGAAAAGACGUUCCCGGUGUCCCCGGGCACACAAAUCGGACACUGCCAGUGGACCACUUACGCCGGAGGAAUAUUUUGCCGCAUUGUUAAACAACUGUUUGCAGCUGAUCGAUAUGCACGCGGAGGAAGUAUUCACGCAGGAGGCCAUGCUUACGUUGCGCUUCCCGGAACUGGAAAUGAUCGUGAAACGGGACGCACUGCAGCUGUCCUCCGAAACGGUGCUGCUGGAUGUACUCGCGCGUUGGAGUCUUGAAGACUGUAAGCGCAAACACAUUGACCCUACCGCUGAGAACCGUCGGCGUGCUCUUGGGGCACUCUGUUAUUCCCCGCGUUAUCUUACCAUGUCGCGGCGUGAAUUUGAUACCGCCCGCGAACGCAUUGAAUUGCUCGAUCCGGCCGAAUCGCAACUCGUCGGUGAUAUACUGACCGGUGGCAUGCGACGAUCGGCCGCUAAUCUCACACCCGAGCAGCAAACACUUGUCGCACGGUUCCGGGCGCCACGACCCGACUUUCCGCUGCUACCGGUACAGCUCAGUGCCCGAAGCCACCCUCGCAACUACCCGAAGAAAAUGCGAAAAGCGGCUGCCGAUGCCGAACGGGAACAGGACGGUCCCAAGAAGGGCUGCUGUAAUCGGCUACUGCUGAACUGUUGUUCCGUGUUUGCCUGUAUUUUUGACUAGCGGUGCUGCCUGUAGGGAAUGCCUGGGACAAAAUGUUGAUGAUGAUGAUGAUGUCCCUUUCUUCAUGAGUAUACAAAGGUUUUUUUAAACAAAAAAAAAACUGGAGAGUUGAUGAAUCUCGUUACGUUAGCUGCUGCGCGUGCAAACAUCAUUUGAGAGACUACGACCACCACCAACGACCCACCGAAAAAAGGCAUCUCACAUUCACCCAUGGAACUACAGCCCUACAGCGGCAUAAAACGCGACACUCAACAAAGGGACAAUUUUCUCCGCAUCCGUAAGAAAUCUCUAACACGAGGAAAAGCAGACAAACAGCAGGACUCGACUGGACGACGACUGCCGCAUUUUCUUCGUUACGACAUGACACGCUUUGAUCACAGCAAGCUUAGCAUGCUUCUGUUUUUGUUAACGUUUUUCUUCACCAUUGUUUUUCCAUUCCUACUAAUGGAUUCAGAUAUAUCAUCCCGCUAUAUAGUACCGUAUAUUAAUUUGUAAUUCGUUGGCUAACUAAAAUCGAUAGUAGAGUUAGGAAUGGUAUUAGCGUAUAAAACGAUAUCAUCACGAGGGUUACAAAGCCAAGCUUCUCAGUUUAGACGUUUUCUAAGCAACCGACAUUGGCCAACGGUGUGCCCUUAUGUGACUACUAUUAUUGUUGUUGAAUGUAUUAUUAAUUGCGUAUCCUCUGAGAGAUAUGGUUAGAACAAGAUGUUUAUGUGUUUUGAAUUUAAACCAAUUCGUUAUCGUAAAACGACGUCCGUAGAGAACAUGUGAAUGCAUGAGUGUGAAAGAGGAAACACUGAAGGGAAGCAAAAGCAUAGACACACAACAAAGAAAACCCAUAGCACAGGGAUUGCUUUAGUUUAUCGUAAAACAUACAUUCUACAAACAGCCUACAACGAAGUGCCAUCUAACUACAGUACAGCUUGGGUACACACAGCCACGCAAUCCAAUUUAUUGCCACCCACACAUUUGUUCGAAGUUCUCGCCGGUAUUAUAUCAGUAUAAAUCCUUUAUAUAGCGCGCUUUACGCUGCUCGGUGUAUCCUAUGCCUCCGGGAUGUAGGGUAAUGGGCAGUGUGUUAUCCAAAAUAUAUAACAAAUAUGUCUAUACACGUAUGUUCGAUUAUAAUAUCGUUCGGUGAGCGCUAGGGGAAUAUAGAACCAAUCUUUAUGCUGCAUGUUAUAUAUUCUAUCGUUAGACAAAUGAUUACAGUGAAACGCAUAGCACCAUCAUCACUAUAUUUGAACCCGCAACAGAGUGUAAGUUUUGCUCCUAGAUCCAUUCGUUUAUCAUUCGUUACGUGAACAGAUAAGAUGCUCUACUGGCGCACUCGAUAAGUUUGCUUUUAACAAAUCGUAGCCCAUAUUAUUCCGUUCGUGCUGUAGAAACGCGUAGGUUCUACAAGCAGGCGCGUGUUAUAUGCUAUGCAAUCAUGCAGAUUUUAAUCAUUAGGUUUUAAAGAAAAGUUGUGUCAUUAAUCAAAGGAUCAAUGGGGGAGAAAAGACAACAGACAGGGAGACUAACUCAAAUAAAGCCACGUGAAAAGCACAGCUUAUCUCUGCAAAACCUGUGAAAAAUGGUGUGUAGAACAAACCGACUAAAAGUGUAGCUGAAAGUGAACGUAAAUUUGUGAUUUAAAGACAAAACAAAACAAAAAAAAAUGAUAAUUUAAAUGUUACGCUACGCGCGAUACGCUGUUGUAAUGGAAAUUUUAACUAUAAUCGUUUAGAUUGAAUUUUACGAUUUAAAACAAACAGUUUGUAUUGUCGUCUUUCGGAAAGUUAUUUUUUCGUUUACUAUCCAUUUGUUUAGAAUGCAGCUUAUCCCCCCGCCACAAGGCUUAUCAAAGCGUACAGACACACGGAAUCUAAUUUGGGACUCCGAGAGCAGUUUAGGCAAGGAUGCACCAGGGAGGGAUGAUGACGCUUCCUAGUGAUCGAUAGAAUCUUUUGGUUUUUCUGUUUCGGAAAAAAUAAAAUACAAUACUUUUAAAUAAAGAAAAACAAGCAUUUUUUAUUAGCAAA